CCGUGAAACAUGUUUUAAAUUUAUUUAUAAUACGCUUUUUGGCCCGGCUUCCUUUAAAUUGGUGUUUUAAUUUAAAGUACAUUGUUGAAGACAGUAAUCGUUCCCGUUUGAUUCAAUUAUUUUCAGCCUUAAAUUAUGGCAUCCUUUCGACUUCCUGUUUUGGAAGGUAAUCCGGAUGGUUGGGGUCCCACUAAGGUCCCUGAGCAGCUAAUCAAGGUUCCAUAUCAGCAGUUUUCAAAGUCUGAACCACUUGGAAGAAUCACAGACUGGACAGGCGCCCUGCGCUUCCAAGGACGCUUCAGUCAAGGUGCGGUACCUGCGGGAGACCAGUACGCAUAUGUUCACGAGGAGGAUGAAGCCACGUUUCAGCUGGUGGACUCUUCGCGACCUGCACGCUCGUACUUCAGUCGAGGAGUUGGUCGCCUGCGCAGCAACCAGGCCUUCCGUCGACAGCGUAAUAAGGAUUUCCGUAAUCUUGCGGACAACCAGCGUGAUGGCCGCACACAGAAUCAAGGGCAGAAUCGCCGUGGUGGCCUUCAGCGGACUGGUCGACAAGAUUAUAACCGUAAUCGCCAAUUUAACAAGCAACGGGAACCUUCGGUCCCAAUCAAAGCAGAAUAUGUGGUGAUUGAGGAUAUGGAAUUCCAUCGAAUGGCCAAAUUGAGUUAUCCCAUGAAACCCAAAGCAUCUGGGGACCGUGAAGUGGAUGACAAGGGAAAAAUUGAUGUUGGUGAGGACAUCGUGUCCUGUGGCGCUCUGGAUUGGUACGAUAAAUCUUAUGACCGAGUGACCGUGAAGAGCGAGAAACCGUUGCUGCGAACGGACAAACCUUUGCUGAAACACGUUUCUACGACUGACGAUCCAGUUAUUCGACGUCUUACUAAAAACGAGGAAUAUAACGUUUUUGGGACCGAUGCCAUAAUUUCCACGCUGAUGGCUGCUUCACGGUCCGUGUAUCCAUGGGAUAUUAUCGUGCAACGCGUUCAGAACAAACUGUUUUUCGAUAAGCGGAGCAAAUCGGAUUUGGAUUUCUUAACGGUCAACGAAACUGCUAAUGAACAGCCAACCGAAGACGGACCAGCUGUGAACACACCAAAGAAUCUUUCGCUGGAAGCCACUUUAGUUAAUCACACAUUUUUGCAGCAAGUUUUGAAAAAGUCUUCCGAAAGCGAGCCGCGAUAUAAAUUCAAGGAACCGAACCCUUUUGUCAGCGCGGACGAUUUGGAUAAAAAUGUGUGCAAUGGAUAUAAGUAUCGUAAAUUCCAGAUCGCCGACGGAAUUACAAUGGUUGUACGUUGCACGAUCGACGCAGUAACGUCUGGGCCGUCUGGUGAAUUGAAUCUUUUAAACGUUAAAGCCUUGAAUGAAUGGGAUCCACGGUUUGCCGGUGUUGAUUGGCGUUCGAAAUUGGAUACCCAACCGGGAGCAGUGUUGGCAACAGAAAUGAAGAACAACAGUCUCAAACUAGCUCGCUGGACACUGUCUGCUCUUUUGGCGGGUGCUGAUACACUGAAAGUUGGAUUUGUAUCACGGGCUAACCCAAGAGAUCCAUCGCAACACGCCAUUCUGGGCACGCAACAGUAUCGGCCACAGGAAUUCGCCAACAAUAUUAAUUUAAAUCUGGAUAAUGCCUGGGGUGUUUUAUAUUAUAUUAUUCGCGUUUGUAUGGAUUUAGAGGAAGGAAAAUAUCUGAUUAUGAAAGACCCUAACAAGCCAAUUUUGCGCUUGUAUGACAUACCCGACGAAUCAUUCGAAUCUGAAAAUGAGGAGGAGAGUGACCAAGAGACGGAAAAAACAGCUAAAUGAGAGAACAAAAUUCUCCCUGGAGGACCGCGGUUAAUUUAAUUUACUGUAGAAGGAAAGAAAUGGUUUUCUAAUUUUUGUUUUAUUUAUCUGAUUCUGCAGUGAUUUAACACAAAGGGAGGCAAUUGGCGACACUCGACAGUAAAUGAGCUACAAAAAAAUCAUUCUGUUUCAUUGAUCGGCACUGGUGAACCAUUAAAUUGUCUGGCUCGA